AUUACGGUUUAUGUUGCCAGGGAGGGAUUCACAACCAUAGAGACACAAUGGAGCUGCAGUUACAAUGUAAAUAGCAGGUGCCUGUUCUUGCUACUCACACAGAACAUUUUUACUGUCACUCAAACUCGGGCAGUGCUAUGCUAAAAUGCUGUUGUCUACGGACUGCUAGCAGCUAGCUUACUGUUGUUUUGCGCUAACGAAUCAGCUUUGUGAUAUACCAACAGCCCCGUUUGCUAACGUUAACGUUACCUGCUUGAGCUCUGCUACUGGCAUUGGCUGUAUUUUCCUCUGCUAGCUAACCUAGAUAUUAUAACUGUCUAGCUAAUCUGUCUGAGAGGUAUUAUGGAGUUUUCUUUUGAUAUUAACCAGUUAUUCCCCGAGAGAGUCUCCAUCUUGGACCAGACCAUUGUUGCAGGUCCUAAAUCAGCACUAAGGCCAGAUCUUCAAGCCCACAUAGCCACAGUUAUUGAUGAACUUGGGAGAGCCUCAGCAAAGGCCCAACAGCUGCCAGCAGCUAUAACAAGUGCCUCUAAGCUGCAGUCCCAGAGGCAUCAGCUCUACCUGCUGAAGGACGGAGAGAGCAACGGAGGACGUGGUGUGGUGGUGGGAUUUCUCAAGGUCGGCUACAAGAAGUUAUUUCUGCUCGACCGACAGGGUGAGCACGUAGAGGCAGAGCCCCUGUGUGUCUUGGAUUUCUACAUAGCAGAGAACAUGCAGCGACAUGGCUACGGGCUGGAGCUCUUUGAUUUCAUGCUGCAGCACAAGAAUUUAGAGCCGGUUCUGAUGGCGUACGACAGGCCCUCGCCUAAAUUCCUGUCUUUCUUGGCAAAGCAUUACUGCCUGACACCAAGUGUUCCUCAGGCCAAUAACUUUGUGGUGUAUGAGGGCUUCUUCCUCAACAGAUCAGGCUCGCCCUCCUCUCCUCUGACGGAUCAGGGGAUGUACGGCUUUUUCGGCUCAGUUGAGAAAGGUUCCCCUAAAAAAGCCAGAUGGAGAGAUCAAACCCUACUCUUUAAUGACGAGGGAAGUGGUACGUCAGGAAGAGCGGGCCCGUCCCUGGCCGUUUGCUCCUCCUCACUCCCCCCAGCGGUCGGGAUCCUCCCAGUGCUCCCACUCCCUCAGCGUGGAAUCCUCCCCCAGCAGAACGCCCCCACAAGCCGCCCCAGCUUCCUCCCCUGGGAGCAACAGGGACCAGCGCCCACAGUCCCCUCUAAUCGAGCGCUGCAGAAUAAGACGCACCAGCCAACAGGGUCUAGUUGCCAGAUGCAGCCUGUACAGCCGGCACAUGGACAGCAGAGCUGUUGGACUGCUGGACAGACCAUUGCCAGAAAGAAGAGCCCUGCUCUCCUUCCUCAUGUGGUAGUACCUUGUGCCUCCUCAGGUCUGAGACCAGUGGGGGAUCAGCCACACGCUCUGGGAUACACAGACACACACAGGUUGGCCAGUAUUCACAGACCACAAAGCAGGUCCCAGCCUCUCUCACUUCCACCUCUGUUUGCAUCCAAGAAGGAUGGCCUCUGCAGCAAGAGGUCCUCGGACAGCAGAGAGACACCCCUGGUUUCAGAUGCUGAAGCCUGUGGUGCUGAAGAGAAGAACAGGGUGUUGGACAGUGGACAGCCUCCAGCACGAGGCACGUUGUCGGAGAAGGAGAGCGACAGAAGCAGACGAGGCUGGUCGUGGACUGUAGGGGAGAACUGCUACACUGCCCAGUGGGUGAAGAAGAAGCAAGAUAGCAGGAGCACCCGGCCCUGGUGAUCGGGAACUAGUUAUCAUCAAAGUUUAGACAUUAUUUAAAUGUUACUAAAAAUUGAAUUCUGGAACCAUUCAAUGCUUUCAGAACACAAACAUGUGCCAAGGCAGGAAUUCAGUGUGACCUUCAGAUGUGUGUAUGAUGGGACCUCUAAUUUUAAAACUUCACUUUAACUAGUUGACCUAACUGGUGCCAGGAGCCAAAUAUGAAGGUGUUUCACAACACGCCAUCAGACACCAAGAUCUGUACCCAAUGGAAAACGUUAGUUUAAAGGUGUAUUAAGGCUAUUGAAUAUUGACUAAUAUUGAAGUCCAAUAGAUAAAACUAAAGUUGCAACCAAUUCAGUUGUGCUAAUUUACAGAUAUAUAAUACAUCUAUAAUUUCCCAUGCCUCCGUGCUGGGGCCCAGGAAGGACCGUGACUGGUCCCCAGUGGGACCGUGUUCUGACAUUGGCUCGAAUGAAAUCCCCCACUGAUGAAGUAGUGAACGCGGGGCUGACUUGGAAAUCAGUUGUAAUGGUUUAUCUAUCCACGAGAGGGAGCAGUGAUUAUGGACAUGAAGCGUUUUACCCAUAGACUAAAAAUACUGGACGAAGCUUCCGGGCCUGAAAAGUGAAGCCAAUGCUGCAGCUCCUUAAAGCUGCAUUCUAUCUGAUUUCCAGCAGGGGGAGACUCCAC